UGACUCUGUCUCUUGUCUCUCGUUUCUGCUGGGGCCAAGGAUCCACCGUGCAUGGAGCUGCCCAUAGCCGACGUCUUGGCCGCCCCAAAGAACAUGACCGAGAAGGAGACCUUCUGCAGGGUCGCGGUGGUGCUGCGGCAGGUGUACAUGCACCAUAACUGUGAGGAGACCAAUAGGUCCCUGAGAAAACUGGACAGGAACCUCAACGGCAUGGCCAACAAGAUCACGUGUUCCGUGAAUGAAGUCAGGAUGAGUACACUGAGAGACUUCCUGGAAAGGUUAAGGAGGAUGAUGCAGCAGAAAUACGCAAGGGGUUGAAGCUGAAUGUUUUAAUUUAUGAGUUUUUAAUGGCCUUAUU